UUCGUAAUAAGUGCAAUUCGAAAUAUGUUUAAAAAAAUAAGUCAUUUCUGUUUUAAGCUUCACUCAAACAAUAUUAUGUAUCGGACUCUACGAUGUAUUUAAAAUAUUUAAUUAUUAUUGUGUCCACCGUAAUGUGUGCGAGCUCUGAGAUACGUAAUACUGAAGAAAAUAACUCAAAUUUUUUUGUUCAGUUAGAAAGUGUUAAAAAAACAAUUGAUAUAUUGAAAGUGCGACUUGAUGCUGUAAGUGAAAAAAAUCCCUGCGACUGUUUUUCACUUAUAGACAGCAAAAUUGGUAAUGUUAAGGAAUCCUUUGAAGGUAUAAAUACCCGUUUGGAUGCUUUGAUAUAUAAUUCUAAAAUAAAAGAGCAGGAUACAGAGAAGCAAUCACUUGAUGAUUUAAAAACUCAAUUGGAUUCGCUGACAGAUAAUUUCAAAACCAAGCAGCAGAAUGUAGACAGUAAAAUAGAAAAUUUAGAAUCCCAACAGAAGCUUUUAGUAGAGGAACUAUCUGAACUGAAAGCAAAUUAUUCAAACUUAUUGGAUGAGUUAAAUACUGUUAAAUUGUCGGAAAAAAGUUUUAAGGAGGAUUACAUCGAUUUGGAAGAAAAUUUUUUAGAAUUAAUAAGAACUAAUGAAAGGGACAGAAAAUCGAAUAAUGAUUUAAAGUUACGCAUGGAUAAUAUCACAACACAAUUAUCUAACCAUCUAGCUUACGAAGCUUACGAAAAGAAGCCAACAUUUGAUGUACGUGUUGAUCAGCUGCCAGCAUUUAAAAAGGCACAUUGCCAACCACACUCUGAACCAAUUGAUUGCAAAGCAGCUACCAAAUGCACUCAAAAGAGUGGUUAUUACAAAAUAUAUUUACCCGGAAAUAAAGCAAAACAAAUUAUGGUAUUUUGUGACAUGGAAAUUGCUGGUGGUAAUUGGAUGCAUAUUUUAAGACGUAUUGAUGGAUCGGAAAAUUUUACACGUCCUUGGUCUGACUACGUAAAUGGAUUUGGUAAAGUAGAGGCUGAGUACUGGAUAGGCUUAGAUAAUUUAAAUGCUCUUACUAAAAACAAUGGUCGACAGAUAUUAUAUAUUCAUUUUGAGUCUGCUACAGGAGUAUCUAGUUACGCUUUGUAUGAUAAGUUUUUAGUAGGGGAUGCCACUGAAAUAUACAAACUAAAAUCUUUAGGGACAUAUAAUGGCACUGCUAUAGAUGGUAUGUCGCAUGUGUUGAAUAAGAAAUUUAGCACCUUCAAUUAUGAUAAUGACGAAUCGGCUGGUAACAAUUGUGCUGCUCUAUACGGUGGAUGGUGGUAUGGUGAUUGUGGAUAUGCAGAACCUACUGGUAGAUAUCGAAAAGAGGAAUACGGAACUGGUAUAAGAUGGCAAAGUCAGAAAUCAAAUGCAAAUUAUUUUAAAAUCAUGUAUUUUAUGAUACGAAGUUUUUAAAUAUUUGAGUUAAGUUUAGAUAAAGUUUGUAAAUAUUACUGUAAUUUAUGUUGAAUGGAAUUUGUAAGUUAAAAAUUAUGAGAACAAAUAUCAAAUUAAUGAACAAAAUCUUAUAUCAUUUAAUCAUUUCGAAAUACAAAAGAAACACAAGCUAUCUGAAUUCUGUUUCAACGAUUCUCCAAAAUUUUUGAUUUUCCUCAUAUGUACAUUGUACAACAGCUAUUAGAAUAAAAUAUCUCCAUUAUUCUUUGUUUUAUUUAUAUAAAAAUAUUGUAUAUCUUUAUAAGGCAACCAUUUAUAUACUUGUAUCUGCAGACACUAAACUUAACUAAAAUUCCUUAAUUUAAACUUAUACUCAAAAAUAAAAGCAACUAUGAAAAAUUUUAAAAAACUAACAUUAAAAA